AUGGCAUAUAAUAAUUACAACUAUCGACAUAAUUCAAUUGGAGGUAAUUGGCAUCUACCUCCACCACCUCAACAACAACAACAAGGACAAAAUCAACAAGGACAACCAAUAAAUAAUAAUAAUAAUAAUAAUAAUGAUAUGCUAACACCAGAACAAAUAUAUUUACAACAUCAACAACAAAUUUAUAAACAAUUACCAAAUCAACAACAACAACAACAACAAGCACCUGGUUUUAGAAAUCCUUGGUUUUCAAUAAAUCCUCCAACAAAUUCAAAGACAACUUCACCUUCAUCUGGUAUAUCUCAAUCACCUACAAAAUCUCAAACUUUACCAAUUUUACAACAACAUCAACCACCAUCUUUAAAUAAAAGAUUAUCAUUUACAAAUUAUUUACCAGUAACUUAUGAAAAUGAAAAUACAAAUAAUUUUAAUGAUCCUAAUGGUCAAAAUAAUAAUAAUAAUUCAAGUCUGUCAUCUUUAACUAAUAAUCAUUCCAAUAAUAAUAAUAAUAAUAAUAAUAAUCCUCAAUUAUCACCAUAUGUUCAUCCACCUACUCGAGCAGAUAAUCCAUUUAAUCAAUAUUUUGCAAAUCAAGAAGUAUCAUUAGGUGGUGGAUCAGAUAGAAGAAUGUCUGCAGCAAUUGAUGGAACAUACUAUAGUAAUAAUAAUCAAACUAAUAAUAAUUUGUAUGGAUAUAAUCAUCAACAACAACAACAAGCUUUAAUAAAUAAAGGACUUCCUAUUCAAGGAGAUUUAUCAUCAACUGGAGUUGCAAUGGCCAAUAAACAUGGCAUAGCACCUGCAAUUUCACAAUUUUUCAAUCCAAAUAUGGCACCUAUGACACCAAGUAUGGCUAAUAGAAGAUCAUCAUUAGCAGUAUUACCCAGUCAUGCAUUACAACAACAACAACAAUUGCAACAACCAGGAGCUUAUUAUGCCCAACCCAAAACAGGUAGAUCACCUUCAAUAAUACAGUAUCAACAAUAUCAACAAGCUUUACAAAAUCAAAAAAUCACCAAAACAAGAAAACCAGCACCAAAAGCAAGAAAAAUAUACAAUAAAUUAGAUUUAUCCCCCAAAAUACAUCAACAACCAAAAUAUAGAAGAUGUUCAGUAAAUUCUAUACAUAUAUCACCAGUAAAUGCAUUAUCAGUAUAUUUAACAGAAUCUUAUAGUAUAUGUCAACCAAGAAAAUUUCAAUAUUCAAAAUCAACUAAUCCAAAAAGAGUAUUAACAAAACCACUGGAUCCAAAAUUCAAUAAUGGAUUUGACAAUGAAGAAAGUGAUUAUAUAUUAUAUGUUAAUGAUAUUUUGGGUAGUGAAGAAGGUAGGAAAUAUAUGGUAUUGGAUUUACUAGGUUCAGGAACUUUUGGUCAAGUUGUUAAAUGUCAAAAUUUAACAAAUCAAACUGUCUGUGCAGUUAAAGUUAUAAAAUCAAAACCUGCUUAUAUGAAUCAAUCAUUAACUGAAGUGAGGUUACUCGAGUAUUUAAAUAAAAACAGUGAUGGUAAAAAUUUUAUAAGGUUACUUGAUACUUUUAUGCAUAAAGAACAUUUAUGUUUAGUGUUUGAAUUAUUAGCAUCCAAUUUAUAUGAAUUAAUAAAACAAAAUCAAUUCCAAGGUUUAAAUAUGAAAUUAGUUAAAUUAUUAACAAAACAAUUAUUAGAGGCAUUAGUUGAAUUAAAAAAUUUCCAAAUGAUACAUUGUGAUCUAAAACCUGAAAAUAUUUUACUAUGUCAACCAGAUAAACCAAAUAUAAAAGUUAUUGAUUUUGGUUCUGCAUGUUUUACAAGACAAACAAUUUAUACUUAUAUUCAAUCACGAUUUUAUAGAUCACCAGAAGUUAUAUUGGGUUUACCAUAUACUGAAUCAAUUGAUAUGUGGUCUUUAGGAUGUAUAGUUGGAGAGUUCUUUUUAGGUUUACCUAUGUUUCCAGGUACAUCAGAAUAUAAUCAAAUUUGGAAAAUUGUUGAUAUGUUAGGUCAACCACCAAGACAUAUGAUUGAAGUUGGUAGAAAUUCAUCAAACUUCUUUAAAAAAUCAAUAAGUACAAAUCCCGAAGAUAAACCAAAAUAUCAUAUAAAAUCAUAUGAUGAAUAUUGUGAAUUUAUAGAUUCCAAAAAGGAUUCAUCUGGUAAUAAUUCAACUUCAAAUUCUAAUUCAUCCCAUCAUCAUCAUACUAAAAAAGAACAACCAAAUAAAAAUUAUUUUAAACAUAAAUUAUUAAAAGAUAUUAUAUUAAAUUAUAAAUUACCAAGUAAAAAAAUGACAAAUUUAAUGAUUGAAAAAGAAUGUCAAGAAAGAUUAUUAUUAAUUGAUUUUUUAACUAAAGUUUUGAAUUUAAAUCCAUUGGAGAGAUUAACUCCACAAGAAGCUUUGAAACAUCCUUUUAUUCAUGAUGUUAAAAGUAUUGAUAUUCCAACUUAA